AUGAGCAACACUAAUCAAGAUUCACACAAGGGGAAGGAGAAAGUGAAUGAAGAACCAAUUACCAAUUCACAAACAAUGGAGAAUCCGAACAAGCGAAAGACGAUGGCGCUGAAAGACGAACCAAAUGCUGAAACUAAGAAUUCAAAGAGCCCUAGAAACAAUGCUGGUGUAGAUGAAUCAACAAGUUCAUCUAAAGAAUUUUCGCCAUUCCUUCUCUUCGGAUUUAUCAUUGAUCCGAGUAAAGGAUAUCAAAAAGCUUAUUCGUGCGCCUUUUGUCGUAGAAAAUUUGUUUCUCCACAAGCAUUGAGUGGAAAACAAAACUGCCAGGAAUGCGAGGAGUCACUAAGAAGAGUUGUCGAAGCUUUGAAUAAACCUCGUGAUAAUUUAUAUUAUGGCGUACAAGGAAUGCGUCUAAGCAAGAUUGUUCCAUACACCGGUGGAUGCGGAUAUACAUAUGGUGGAAAUGAUGCUGGGAAAUUGCAGGGUCCAGUGCUGCAUAAUCCACAGAUUGAUCAAAACACUGUGAAUGGACAAGUUAUUAGGGCUGAGAUUGACUUGAACAAUGAUUUGGUUUCGGAGGAAGCAUCCAAGAACAUUGAUUUGAACCUAAUGCCUUGA